AUGGCGGCCUCUAAGGCUCAUGAAGAGCAGCUAAUGCACGUGCGGAAGGGCUGCCUAGCGUGCAUUCGCCAGGAUGUGGCAUCAGAUGGAAGUCGUAUCGAGGGGUCCCAUAAGGGCUGGAACGGGCUCCAACGCUCGCACGCAAGUGGCGUGAAAGUUCUUAGUGCCCUCUGCCAUGAUUUUGUCCUCUGCUGCAAUAUCUGCAUCGGGAUCACCUUUGAACAGCCCUCAGAAUUUCUGAAGUCGACAUUUGGCUCACAUUACAUUGGGUUAGUUGGUGCUGUGGCGAAGCUGUGGAACUCACUCCUCCCGCCCGAAUCUGGCAGUCGCAAGCAUUUUCGUGCAUUGCCUGAGCUCAAGUCUGUUUCCAGUGGCGAAAACUUCAGUCUCGUUAGCGCAAAAUCUGUCACUAAUUAUCAGAAUCUGGUCAAGAUCAAGGAGGAGCCUCGUGAAGAGCUAUUUGAACUCUCAUCUGAGGAUCGCACAGAGGUUGACGCCAUGCUUCGCGAUCUUGACAUCGACCCUAUGUUGUUGUUUCAGCCUGCAGGACUGCCGCAGGCAACAGAUGCUGCAAGCAGAUCACAGCUUAUCCUCCCCCGCAGUGGCAAUGUAAUUCAGUCGGCGAUGCUCACCGGAGAAUCCCUACUCAAAAAUCGGCUUAACUUGGUGCCCAGCAGUGCCGCAUGUGCCGAUGCCGACGUGAUGCCAUCAGCACAGGAUGAACCAGCGGUUGUGAUUGCAGGUCCUUCAACAAGUGAGAAGCAAGCAGGCGAGGUUGUGAUAGUAGAAACGGGCACGAAGGUGGGAAGCAAUUCACUUCACAACACAACAUGCUCAUCUCAGCGACUCCACGCACUGCAAGGAGCCAGUUCGAGGUCCGAGGAUGCAGUCAGCCCCUCGAGUUCAGACCUGACUCAAGGUGCCAGAAAUCGUGGGUGUGCCUCCCGCAGUGGGCUUGAACUCCUUAAGUUCACCAUGCCCGCACAGACCAUCCCAUCGAAGCGGAGAGCAGAACCAGAAGCUACCAGCUCCGCUUCUGAGGGCCAUCACAUGGAUGGGAGUGACGGUGCUCCUUCAAGGCCUGAAGGGCAUCGCAAGAAGGCAAGAACAGUCACACCUGGGCUGGCAGCUGGCUUGACGCUUGCCAAAGAAGUAUCAACAGUCUCAUCCACUGCAUGCAUCACCGACUCGGACAUUAUGAUCAGCACCGCACUCCCGCCAAGUUCAAAAUCCUCUCAUGGGCAGCAAGUAGUACCUGACCCUAAUGUUCCCCACUCGAGGGUCCUUUCCACUAGCACCUUGGUCAGCUUCUUCAAUAUGGCACAUCCCGCUGCAGCAUCUGCAUCAGCGAAGUCUCAGGAGCUCUUGCCGAUGAGCAAUCUGCCUCUUCCCACCAUCUCUGGUCUCACACCAUCUCAGCGGCUUUUUUCCUUGUCAACCAGCAUGAACAUCAAGUCAUUGUCUAUCAGCAGCAAUGAUGAGUUUUAUCUGUUCAUGGACAUGCGCGCAGAGAAGAAGUGGGCAUCAUUUAGCAUGACCCCAUGCAAGUGGGUCAUCGUGGCAAGCGAGUACAAUGCCCGACUCGAGUCCUUCCAUCGAUCGAGGGGACAGGCGCAGCUCAUGGUAAGAAAGGCACCGCGUGCGCUUAUGGAAAAGCUCGGUGAGUUGGAGCCCAAGAUUAUUGCUCGCAUUGUAGGCAAUCACUACACAUCCAAGCAAUCUAACACAGAUGACUUCUGGCAGAAGCACUGUGAUGCAGUGCCAGGACUGAUCAAGAAUGGAAAGGGUGAAUCGAAGACAUCUGCACGCAAGACGUGCAUCUGCUCGCGGUGCAAGACGAUCAUGUGGCCUGGUCCCGAGGGCAUGGGUAAUAACCACAAAAAGUCCUAUUGUUCGGAUGGUGUGAUGCAGAAGCCAAGGACAAUCACGAAGAUGGUCGGCGGCUUGCUGCAGGAUGUUACUAAGCACCCUCCGGACUGGCCUCAGCUGUGGGGAAUUUUUACCAAUGGCACUCACUUCCAUCCGGGGCCAUUCCUUGCCACCAUCCAUGAGGUUUAUGACUGCGUCAUAGUGAAGGGCGGUACCGGUGAAGAUCGUGCAAUGGAAUACAGCGCCUUUGCGGCACUCCUCUCGAAGCGCACUGUUGUCUCUAAUGAUGGUGCUGUUUUUUUCGAACUGUUCAGUUCCCUCGAGGUGACAUCAGCACGCGAGUUUGCCGAUGCCAUCGUUGAGCACGAUGGGAUCAAAUUCUUUCGCAUUGACAGCCUCCACAGCACCCCUGAGAAUGCAAACAGUGAUGGCAGCAAUGUCGGUGAGGACACCGUCAUUGCAGUUGUGUGA